AUCUGAUGUGGGAUUAGGAGGUGACGCCACAUCUCAGGAACAUUGAUCAUUAGUUCGAAACUUCGAGACUUUCGCUAAGAGCAACGCGUUUAAUCUGUCGGCUUUCUGUCAUUAAGUGGAAUUAACGCGUGUAUAUACAAUAAAUCUCAAAUUCGCAUUGGAGUGUCGCGCGGGCCGGCUGAGUUAUUUAGGACCGACGACACAUGGCCUCUCUAUUUAUCUAAGGAGAAACACGCGACAAUGGCGUCCCCGAGACCAUCGCGCGACUCCCUUUCUUCUGUAUCUACGACGAGUUUAGUAUUCGAACGACUUAGCGAACGAGAGAAGCUCAACGAGGGUAUUUCCGAUUUGGAUGACGAGGAUCCAUUACACAAUGACUCUGAGGAUGAAGCUGGUGGCUUCUUACCUCCCCUUCCGGAAAGGAGGGCUGUCGGGGUAGAUAAAUCUCUAAAGAGGUUCGUCCUCGUUAUGGCUGGCGUAUUUCUUGCUGCUUGGCUAGUUGGUCUAUUCACAUAUUUAUCGACCAAAUCAUAUCAGCACUCUUCUCAAAAGGAGCACGAUCCGACCGCUACCGCAGCUCGCGGAUCCGGCAAGAAAGUCACGUUAGACCAGAUAUUAGACGGCUAUUGGCGACCUCAGAGCCAUGGAAUAAGCUGGAUCGCGGGUGCGAACGGAGAAGACGGAUUGCUUUUGGAAAAAGGUGCGGCUGGGAAGGAUUUCCUCGUUGUUGAAGAUGUUCGGAGCAAGAAUGAAGACCAUGCUGCAGGCGGCGGGGAGAUCAAAUCUGCGCAGACGCUCAUGCAGCAAUCUUGGUUCAAGGCCGGCGAUCAACAACUAUCACCAGACCAAGUUUGGCCGAGCCCGGAUCUAAAGAAAGUACUCAUCGCUACUCAGACGAAAAGCAUUUGGAGAUAUUCUUUCACUGGUGUAUAUUGGAUAUUCGAUGUCGAGUCUCAAACUGCCGAGCCCCUGAACCCUCAGGAUCCCAACCUCCGAGUGCAGCUUGCCCAGUGGAGUCCGAAGAGUGAUGCUGUUAUAUAUACAAGUGCGAACAACCUGUAUGUACGACGGUUAGAAGGCAAGAGCAUCGUGCAGAUCACGAAAGAUGGUGGACCGGAGUAUUUCUACGGCAUUCCAGAUUGGGUGUACGAAGAAGAGGUCUUCGGCGAUAAUAGCGCGACGUGGUGGUCUGAGAAAGGAGACUUUGUGGCUUUCUUAAGAACGAACGAAACCCUAGUGCCUGAAUACCCAAUCCAGUUUUUUAUUGAUAGGCCAAGCGGCGAGGCGCCUCCCGCUGGAAAAGAAAGUUACCCAGAAGUGCAACAGCUGAAAUAUCCAAAGGCCGGCUCGCCCAACCCAUUUGUAGACCUUCUGUUCUACGAUAUGGCCCGGGGCGAUGUUUUCUCGGUCGAGAUUGAGGGAGGUUUUGCCGCGGAUGACUUGUUAAUUACUGACAUCACGUGGGCUGGAAGUAAGGUCCUUGUGAAGGAGACGAAUCGUGUUAGCGACAUCAUGCGAGUUAUUCUAAUCGACGUUACUUCCCGGACGGGCAAGACGGUUAGGACAGUCGAUGUGGGCAAGCUAGAUGGCGGCUGGUUUGAAAUCUCACAUGAUACCACAUAUAUCCCGGCCGACCCUUCGAACGGUAGACCUAAUGACGGCUACAUCGAUACUGUUAUUAAGGAUGAUAGGGACCACAUGGCAUAUUUUAGCCCUCUGGAAUCCGAAGAGCCUGUCAUGUUAACAUCAGGGAAUUGGGAAGUCGUGGCAGCGCCUUCUGCAGUUGAUCUGAAGAAUAAUCUUGCAUACUUUGUCGCUACAAAGGAGUCCUCUAUCCAGCGACAUAUUUAUAGCGUUAAACUUGACGGGUCUCACUUGAAAGAGAUGAUUGAUGUCAGCAAGGAAGGUUAUUAUGAUGUUUCGUUUUCCGUCAAAGCUGGAUACGCCCUCGUCACGUAUAAAGGGCCAAAUGUCCCAACGCAAAAGGUUAUGAGCACCCCGGGAAACCCAGAGGUAUACGAACACAUUAUUGAAGAGAACAAGGACUUGGCGGAUAAAGCAAAGAAGCACGAGCUACCAUUGCUAGACUACGGUACAAUUACUAUAGAUGAUGUUGAGCUUAACUACCUCGAGCGCCGUCCAGCGCACUUCGAUCCGAAGAAGCGAUACCCCGUGCUCUUCCAACAGUACUCCGGUCCGGGCUCACAGUCGGUUGACAAGCGUUUUGCUGUCGACUUCCAAUCAUACGUCGCUGCCAACUUAGGUUACGUCGUCGUUACGGUUGAUGGGCGCGGGACAGGAUUCAUAGGGCGGAAGGCGCGCGUGAUUGUACGAGAGCACCUCGGACAGAUAGAGGCUCAAGAUCAGAUCGCAGCAGCUAAGAUCUGGGCCGAGAAGCCAUAUAUAGAUGAGUCACGGGUCGCAAUCUGGGGAUGGUCAUACGGCGGGUUCCAGACACUCAAGACGCUAGAGCAGGAUGCGGGCGCUACAUUCAAGUACGGCAUGGCGGUGGCGCCGGUAACAGACUGGCGCUUCUAUGAUAGUAUCUACACGGAGCGGUAUAUGCUCACGCCGCAACAGAACGGGAAGGGCUACGAUGGCACUGCCGUCAGCAACGCUACGGCCUUGGCGCAGAACGUGCGCUUCCUUAUCAUGCAUGGUAUUGCUGAUGAUAACGUGCACAUGCAGAACACGCUUACGCUGUUAGAUAAGCUGGACCUGGCUGGCGUUGAGAACUACGAUAUGCAUAUGUUUCCGGACAGCAACCAUGGUAUUUACUUCCAUAAUGCGAAUCGCAUCGUUUACGAUAAACUAAACAAUUGGCUCAUCAACGCAUUCAACGGCGAAUGGUUGAAGGUCACAGAUGCGAAGCCCAUACCCAAUAAAGCGAAGAGAGAUAUAGAAAUAGUUAAGAAGUCGGGGAUCAAAGCCAGCGGCGGGCAGACGCUGCCGCUAUCAAGUUUAGCCGGGUUGGAUUUAUUAUAGACUGCAUUGUAUAGCGGCGUCCCGGUGUAUAUCUUUUCGGACUCUUAUGCUUUUGCAUAGAAUAUAUCAACAAAUAAAUACAAUAUGAAGCUUUA